AUGGCGUCCAUGAACGACGCCCGCGACAUCAUGGGCCUGCAGCCCGGCGAGGCGCUGCCCAAACCACCGCCCGCGAAGAAGCAAAAGACGAGUCAACCAAAGCCGCGCAUGACUGGCAUAAAUCGCGAAGUGCAAGCACUUUACGGCGAGCGCGCGCCGCCCGUGGCGGUGGUCGAGGCGGGCAAGAGCUAUCAGCCGAAACGGAGGUGGGGCGCGAACAAGGGUCCGGCGGCGAAGUGGGCCCUCACGCCUUUCACGAACCCGGCGCGGACGGACGACCUGGUGCUCAGGCAUUGGAAGCGCUUGCAACCGAACGACGCCAACGGAGACGUGGCGAUGGGCGAUGCGGAGAACCAGGACGGCGGUGCUGAUGCUGCUGCCACUGCUGCUGCUGCCACCGCGGACCCCCGAAUCGAGACAAACUACGAGUACGCAAAGUUCAACGUCCAGCCCGAGGGUCCGGAGUACGAUGACGAGACAUACGAGGCGCACCUGCGCAGCGAGGAGUGGAGCAAGGAGGAGACGGACUAUCUGGUUGAGACGGUGAAGGACUAUUAUCACCGCUGGUCCAUCAUCGCGGAUCGCUACGACUGGCAGCCCCCGCAGCCGAAGGUGGACCUGGACGACGCCACCGCCGCCGACGAGGGUGGGGCUGUUGCGGCGCCGGCCAUGGCGCCGAAGGAGAGGACGAUGGAGGACAUGAAGGCACGGUACUACCAGAUCAGCGCGAAGCUGAUGGAGCUCAAGACGCCGAUCGCGUCCAUGACGAACGCCGAGUUCGGGCUGCACGAGAUCCUGACCCGGUUCGACCCGGACCGGGAGAAGCAGCGGAAGAAGGUGGCGUCGGCGCUCCUGGAGCGCACGGCGGACGAGAUCAAGGAGGAGCAGUACCUGCUGGGCGAGCUGCAGCGCAUCAACACCAACUACGAGAAGCUGUCGACGGAGCGCGAGGAGGUGCGGCAGCGGCUGUUCGCGCCGCCGACGCAGGGCAGCAGCAGCACGGCGUCGCAGUUCCAGAGCAGCCACGCGCUGUCGCAGCUCUUCAACCAGCUGCUGCAGCAGGACCGCAGCAAGAAGCGCAACGGCCGCCUGUCGCUCAACACGGCCGACGGCCAGCUCUCGACCCCGUCGGGCCAGCAGACGCCCAUGACGGCCGGCGGCGCCAACCACCGCGGCAGCGUCAUCGACGCCGGCCUCCCGUCGGCAACCAGCCAGGGCCGAGGCAGCCGGCAAUCCAUCCACACCCCCGGCGGCAGCGGCGGCGGCGGCGGCGGCAGCGGCGGUGGUGCCAACAACCAAUCCGUCCCCAACUCGGCAACAGCACCGCACCACCCGCACCACCCGUCCCAACCCCCGCGCGCGCUCACGCCGCGCGCCCAGCAGCGCCUCGGCGUGACGACGCAGCACGAGCAGCGUCUGGCGAGCGGCGUGACGUUCAAGAGCGACCGCCUGCACAAGCUGCGCACGGCCAAGUCGACGGUGCAGACGCAGAAGAUCCAGCAGGCGCUCGCGGAGCUGCGCGUGCCCGAGAUCAUCGCGCUGCCCACGCCCGCCGUCUGCGACGGCUUCGAGCAGCUGGUCAACAAGAUACACCGGCUGCUGGAGCUGCGGAAGCUGCUGGAUAAAGAAGAGGGGGAGGUGGCGGUCGCGGAGGGGGUGAGGAGGGAGAGGGAGAGGAGGGAGAGGGCGGAGAGGGGGGAGCCUGAGGAACCGGAGGAGGAGGCUGAGGGGGGUGAGGGGGAUGUGGGGGAGGGUGGUGCAGGGGGAGAUGGGGCGAAGAAGGGUGGCCAUGGCGGCCCUGGUGGUGCUGGUGCUGGAGAGGGCGGUCGGAAAAAUAUGGACGCGGGCGGUGGCGGCGGCGGCGGCGGCGGCGAUGAUGAUGCGGAUGCGGAUGCUGAUGCUGAUGCGGACGCGGACGCUGAUGUGGACGCCGAUGGCGAGGCCGAAGAAGACGAUGCUGAUGGCGAGGUGGACGAUUCGCAUCAUCAACAGCAACGGUCGGAUACUGCUGCUGCUUCUGCAGCCGCCGCCGCCGCGACGAAGACGGAAGAGGGGGAUACGGAGAUGAUGGAUGCUCCGCCCGCCGAGGACGAGGAUGACGACGAAGAUGACGACGAGGAGGAAGACGAGGACGAAGGGGAUGGCGCGAACGGCGUCAAGGAGGAGGUCGCUAGCCCCGCUACCAUGGCUGCUGCGGGAGGUGCGGAUAGGAGUGCGAGCGUGGCCAGUCAGAGGAGUGGCGGCGGGGCGGGGAAGAGGAAUCAGAAGUGA